CAUCCCUGAUCAAGAGGGUGGGAGAGAGUCCCACCUUCAGCUCCUUCUCUCUCCUCGGGUUGGAGGACCACCUCCAACUCAGCUUGAAUCCGGAAGGGAUGGAAGAAAGUGGGAAGGCGCAGAAGGACGCAUGCUCGGCUCACUUCUGGAGGAGGGGAGUCACAGACCCUUGUUGGGGGAGGAAAGGAGGAGGAGGAGGAAGAGAAGGAGGAGGAGGAAGAGAAGGAAGAGAACAGUUCCUGAUCUCUUUUGAGGGAAUGGCUGUGUCUUUCAUCAAGGAUGAGUGGGAUCUACUGGAACCAGAUCAGAGCACCAUCUACAAGGAAGUCAAGAUUGAAGAUGAGGGGAGCGUGACCUCUCAAGGCAACCAGCGAGAUGAUGAGGGAUAUAAAGAAGUACCUAUGGCUUCAUCACAAACAAUCAAGCAGGAAGCAGGACGAGAGACUUUGGGAAAUCAAAAGGGAGCAAAGAGGCACCAUAGAAACCUGCCAAAGAAAGAAAAGAAGGAACCCUCUGCUUCUCUGGGUGCUGAUCUUUGCAAGUUCAGGAGACGCCAGAGAAAUUGCAAAGGAAACGGAAGGCAAAAGUGUUCUGUCUGUGGGAAAAUAAUGAAAUAUAAAUGGCAGUUGAAGAUUCAUGGGCGACUCCACACAGGGGAGAAGCCAUAUCCAUGCACACAUUGUGGGAAAAGCUUCAACACUAGCGGGGCGUGCGUGAAACAUCAAAGAAUUCAUACUGGGGAGAAACCAUAUAAGUGUGAGGAAUGUGGAAAGGGCUUCAGUUUGAGCAGUACCUUUACUUUACACAAAAGGACCCACACAGGGGAGAAACCCUACACGUGUGCAGAAUGCGGAAAGAAUUUCAUUGCAAGGUCUGCUCUGACAAUACAUCAGAGAACGCACACAGGGGAAAAACCGUAUCCGUGCUUGCAGUGCGGAAUGAGCUUCAAUACUAGUGGAGCACGUAGGAAGCAUCAAAGGAUUCACACGGGGGAGAAACCAUACGCAUGUACGGAUUGUGGAAAGAGUUUCAGUUUGAGCAAUGCCCUUACGUUACAUAAAAGAACGCACACAGGGGAGAAACCAUAUACGUGCGUGGAAUGUGGAAAGAGCUUCGUUGCAAGAUCAGCCCUCACUAUACACCAGAGAACGCACACUGGAGAGAAGCGAUAUCAGUGCAUGCAAUGUGGAAAGAGCUUCAGCGAUAAUGGGGGAUAUACGAAACAUCAGCGAACCCAUGAAGGAGAGAGAGCAUAUAAAUGCACGGAGUGUGGAAAGAGCUUCCUUAGAAAUUAUGCCCUCACUCUGCAUAAGAGAACGCAUACAGGGGAGAAGCCGUACCAGUGCACCGAAUGCGGGAAGAGUUUUGUUGAUGGUGGGGCGUGUAUUAAGCAUGAAAGAACCCACACAGGGGAGAAACCUUACAAAUGCAUGAAAUGUGGAAAGAGCUUUAGUAACAACGUAUAUCUACAGUCGCAUGAACGAACACACACAGGGGAGAAACCCUAUAAAUGCACGGUGUGCGGAAAGAACUUUGGUCGGCGUGAAAAUCUGCAUUUGCAUCAAAGGACUCACACAGGAGAAAAACCCUAUAAAUGUGCAGAAUGCGGGAAGAGUUUUAGUCGCCGUGAAAAUCUACAGUUACAUCAAAGAACUCACACAGGGGAAAAACCAUUUAAAUGCCUCGAAUGUGGAAAGUGCUUUAGCCGGCGUGAGAAUCUACAUUCACAUCAAAGGACUCACACAGGGGAGAAACCAUACAAAUGCAUGGAAUGCGGGAAGAGCUUUAGCCGGCGUGGGAAUUUACAUGCCCAUCAAAAAAUUCAUACUGGGGAAAAACCACAUACAUGUACAGAAUGUGGAAAGAGUUUCGGUCGGCGUGGAAAUCUAUACUCGCAUCAAAAAACUCACAAGGUGGAAAACCAUAUGAAUGUAUAGACUGCCAAAAGACCUUUAGUUGGCUAAAUGGGCUGUAAAUAAUGUCUUGGAUUGGCUAGACAGAAUGUAAAAAGUUCAGUGAUAGUAUAAUUUUGUUGUUUAUUUGUUCAGUCGCUUCGGACUCUUCGUGACCUCAUGAACCAGCCCACGCCAGAGCUCCCUGUCGGCCAUCACAACCCCCAACUCCCUCAAGGUCAAGCCAGUCACUUCAAGGACGCCAUCCAUCCAUCUUGCCCUUCGUCGGCCCCUCUUCCUUUUUCCAUCCAUUUUUCCCAGCAUCAUUGUCUUCUCUAAGCUUUCCUGUCUUCUCAUUAUGUGGCCAAAAUACUUCAUCUUUGCCUCUACUAUCCUUCCCUCGAAUGAGCAGUCGGGUUUUGUUUCCUGAAGUAUGGACUGGUUGGAUCUUCUCGCAGUCCAAGGCAUUCUCAGCACUUUCCUCCAACACCACAGUUCAAAAGCAUUCAUCUUCCUUCGCUCAGCCUUCCCUAUGGUCCAUUUCUCACAUCCAUAGGUUACCACAGGGAAUACCAUUGCUUUAACUAUGUGGAUCUUCGUUACCAGUGUGAUGUCUCUACUCUUCACUAUAUUAUCAAGAUUGGUCAUCGCUCUCCUCCCAAGAAGUAAAAGCAUUUUCUGAUUUCCUGGCCACAGUCUGCAUCUGCAGUAAUCUUUGCACCUAGAAAUACAAAGUCUGUCACGGCUUCCAUGUUUCCUCCCACUAUUUGCCAGUUAUCAAUCAUUCUUGUUACCAUAAUCUUGGGUUUUUUAUGUUUAGCUUUCUUCUUUCACCUUGAUUAACUUACAGGGUUAAAUUAACUUACAGGGUUAAUUUAUUAUACAAAUUAUAUAAAUCAGCUCCUCCUCACUUUUGGCCAUCCAAGUGGUAGCAUCAGCAUAUCUAAGGGUGUUCAUGUUUCUUCCAGCAGUUUUUACCCCAGUCUUGCAUUCGUCAAGCCCUGCACGUCGCAUGAUGUGUUCUGCAUACAAGUUGAAUAGGUCGGGUGAGUAGACAGCCCUGCCGUACACCGACCUUUGCACCAGCUGUAGUUUCCGAACCAUCUUCGGAAAUAGCAAAAAGUUAACCACUCACAAGCAAGUUUGAAUGGAAUUGGCUGUCUUGCUUUUAUCUCUACAGAAAAGAGAGAUGCUACUGGCGUUUUCCCACCACUACUUCCUUUUAUAUACCCUUCCCCACGCAUUUCUCCCUCUACUCAGUUUCCUUAUGAGAGCUAAUUGCUUCACAAGUUCCAUAAUGUGGUCUCCAGUGCCAUCUGGAUGUCAGAGAGAAAACUAAUGAUGUCCUUGGGACUUCAGAAAUUGAUUCCUGACACUAAAGCAGUAGUUCCCAAACUCUAAUUUUCUCAAAGUUUUGGACUUCAUCUCCCAGAUUCUUUGACAAUUGGCCAAGAUGGCUGAAUCAUAAAAUCAGAGUUGGAAGAAAUCACAAGUGCCAUCCAGUUUAACCUCCUCAAUAGGGUUGUGUAUUCAGGGGAAAUAUGUUGUGCUGAUUUUCAUGUGAGGAUGGGGCUUCUCAUUCUGUGCUCCCAAAAAUCAAUGAAAAAAAAACAGCAGAAACUAAUUCUGCGCACAACUCUGCUCUUCUGACUUCAAGGAGUCCUUAACAACUUGAGGACCAGAACGUGGUCAUAUCAGAAGACAGGGCACACUAGAAAAAGCAAUAAUAUCGAGGAACGUAGAAGGAAGUAGAAAAGGAGGAUGAUCAAAUUCCAGAUGGCUCUGGAAUGCCUGGUGCUCUCUGAAAGUACUUCUACACCAACACAGAUAGUCCUAUCCUGGAUCUAUCUCUUCCCUCCUCUACCAGCUAUUUCCAUAAUAGCUAUAGAAUUCUUUCCACUAGCUAAGUCUGCUAGCCAACAGACCAAUCUCAGGCUUUUCUCACUAGCCCUUUACACCACUCCAAACUCCUGACACCUUCUCCCCUUGAUACCCAGGUUCAAUCUCCUGACAGUGUUUCAAAACCUUCCCUUAAAGGAGACACCUGGAUUACAAUCAAAGAGUCCCCAAGGGGAGGAAUCACAUGAGUGUAUGGAAUGUGGAAGGAAUUUUAGACAGAUAGGACAUUUACAUUUGUUGGUUAAAAGUAUGCUAAUCCAUUUUAGUGAGCCUGAUCAACUCCAUCUUGACAGUAGUUGACAUCUCCCCACAUGAGAUACCUACCCAGGAGCAAUUUGCUCUCUUGUAAAAUAUAUGACAACAUUUUUCUUAAAUGAUAGAUUAUCCAGUGGAGUUGGCAAUCAAUUGUCCCAUCUUAUUCCUAUAGAAACCAAUCUGUGAAUGUGUCUGCCUCAGAUAGAUAGAUAGACACAUAGACAGAGUAGACUUGACACAUAGAGUAGACUUUCAGUUAACCAGGACACAAGGAACUAGAACCCUGAAGCAGUUGACAGAAAAAUUGACUGGAAUGAAAGAAAGAAAAAGCUGGUUUCUAAUAUAUGUAAUUUCAUAAUGCUUGUGGGUAUACAAUAUUUUUGUUGUUCCAUUGUUUGUGAAAUAAUAAUAAUAACAACAAUAAUGGCGUAAAUAAUAAUCAUACUGGCCUAUAUGAUUAUCAUACUGGUGUAUAUAAUAAUGAUAAUAAUAACAAUGACACUCCUCUAUAUAA